GCUGCGCAACGUUAGGAACCCCACCAUGAACAUCUCCCCAAGCCAUCAUCACCCGCAGCUAGGUAUCGACAGCAUUCCAGGAGGUCUCGUUCGCUACACCCAACUUCCCUAAUCGUCGAUUCGUAUUCGGAAGCUGCGCGGGACUCAAAGAUGUCUCAGCCUCCCAUAGUCCUCGAUGGAGGCACCGGCUUCCUCAAGGUCGGCUAUGCGGCGCAAAACUUCCCCGAGUUUCAGUACCCGUCCAUCGUUGGCCGACCGAUCCUCCGUACCGAGGAGAAGGGCGGCAGCGACAUGGUGAUCAAGGACAUCAUGUGCGGUGACGAGGCCGCCGCGGCGCGCACCAUGCUGCAGAUCAGCUACCCGAUGGAGAACGGCAUCGUCAAGAAAUGGGAUGACAUGCAGCACCUGUGGGACUACACCUUUUUCGAGAAGAUGAAGGUCGACCCGCGCGGCCGCAAGAUCCUCCUGACGGAGCCGCCCCUGAACCCGCUAAAGAACCGAGAGCAGAUGUGCGAGGUCAUGUUUGAGCGGUACGGGUUCGGGGGUGUUUAUGUCGCCAUCCAGGCCGUUCUGGCUCUGUAUGCCCAAGGUCUCAGUUCGGGCGUGGUCGUCGACUCUGGUGACGGUGUGACACAUAUUGUCCCUGUCUAUGAGUCCGUCGUCCUCAACCACCUCACUCGCCGCCUGGACGUGGCGGGGCGUGAUGUCACGCGCAACCUUAUUGCGCUGCUCCUCCGCAGGGGCUAUGCGCUCAACCGAACCGCCGACUUCGAGACAGUGCGCCAGAUCAAGGAGAAGCUCUGCUAUGUCUCCUACGACUUGGAGCUGGACAAGCGGUUAAGCGAGGACACGACGGUGCUGGUAGAGAGCUACACACUGCCGGACGGGCGUGUCAUCCGCGUGGGAUCAGAACGGUUCGAAGCACCUGAGUGCCUGUUCCAGCCCCACCUCGUCGACUGCGACCAGCCGGGCAUUGCCGAGUUCCUCUUCAACACCAUCCAGGCUGCGGAUGUUGACGUCCGCUCGUCUCUUUUCAAGGCCAUUGUCCUGUCAGGCGGCAGCAGCAUGUAUCCGGGUCUACCGUCACGUCUCGAGAAGGAGUUGAAGCAGCUAUGGCUCACGAGGGUGCUAGGAGGGAACCCAGAGCGGCUGAGCAAGUUCAAGGUCAGGAUAGAAGACCCGCCGCGGAGAAGGCACAUGGUCUUCCUGGGCGGCGCGGUGCUGGCCAACAUCAUGGCGGACAACGAGAACAUGUGGAUCUCGAAGCAGGAGUGGGAGGAGCAGGGACCCAGAGUCUUGGAGAAGCUGGGGCCGAGAUAGGUUGGUUCGGUAGAGCAAGCGCUGCACUUUUUAGAUGAUGAAAAGACUACUACGGCUUCAUCCCGUGAUUUCGCGAUGCCGACGGUACUGGACAUCGAAGAGUCGUACAUCGCCUUUCCUGUUCCGCCGCUGGACACUUUCCCGAUGUGCUGAGGAAAGAUCCACAUGUGCAGCAGGCGACGCACUUCAGUACCGUACACAGCCUCUGGUCAGAACGUGACCGGAUUACCUAGAUAUUGGCACCU